UAAAACUAACUUCAAGAAUAUAUUUUCUAUUUUUUCUAUAAACGAAAUUUUUUUUUGAAAUGAAAAAAUUAUUUUAAAAAAAUGGAAAAUUUUCUAAAAUUUAUAUUUUAAAAAAUUAUUACACUUUGUGUAAGUGUGUAGAAUAAAAAUUAUGAGCUCCAUAACACAUUUACAACGAGUGAGAAGAAUAUAUAAAACAAUUUUGAGGCUACAUCGAGGAUUACCAUUGGAAAUACAAUCAUUAGGGAAUAAUUAUUUACGAGAUGAAUUUAAACGACAUAAAAAAUGCAAUUCAACUGAAGCGAAUGUCUUUCUUAACGAAUGGGCUAAUUAUGCCAUUUCUUUGGCAAAACAACUUGGAUUACAAGGUCCAAAAACGGCGGAACCAUUAGGAAAAAAUUUAAAUAAUGAAGACAUUGAAAAAUUAAGAGAUGAACAAGUAUAUCAACUUUAUGAAUUGCUUAUGGCUGCAACGGGAACAUCAGAUGAAAAAAUCAAACCUUCCUGACGUUACCAGAUUCAUAGUACAAAUUAUGUAUAAAAAAAAAAAAAAAAAAUUAGAGUAGAUAAUUACAUUAUUUAUUUAUUCUUAAAUAAGAGGCAUAUUCUUAAAUAAUUUAGAAUAAUUUUUUUUUUUAUAAAUAAAAUGAUACAUUAUUAAAUCAUUUUAUUUAUAAAAAUUAUUUAUUAUUUAUUAUUAUUAUAGAAAAAUAAAAUUCUAUCUUUUAAAAAAAA